UCUCGGUGCCGAGAGCAUCUCUUCUGAUGCGCAUAAUAAGCUGCUGCACGCGCCUUCACGCGCCGACAACUCGUAUUUCUUUAUUCCGCCAUAAUCACCACCACAAGCUCACACCUUCAUCUACUCGCUGCUUCAGCCACAGCGUCAGUCUCUCUCUCCAUUGUAACAAUCAACCAUUAUCCGUUAAAAGCUUCCUCCUUUUUUCUGUUUGUUUCUCUCAGGAUUGCUCUGUGUCCAGACAUCAAAUGGAACAGCUUGAUCUCUCUGCCAACACUGUGAUUGAUCAUCCUCGAGCUCUCACUGAUAAAACAACCCUAAUCCGUGACGCGGGUCCUUCCAAAUUUCAGGUUAUUGCAGACUUCGAUGGGACUUUAACGAGAUACAGAGUCAAUGGAGUUCGAGGCAUGAGCAGUCAUGGCAUCUUGCAGCAAGGAAACGCAGAUUACGAUGCUAAGAGGGAAGCAUUGUAUGAACACUAUCAUCCUCUUGAGUUCUCUCCUGUCAUUCCCCUUGAAGAGAAAACCAAACUCAUGGAAGAAUGGUGGAGUAAAACUCAUAAUCUUCUCGUUGAGGGAGGUUUAACAUAUGAUGCAAUCAAGCAAUCUGUUGCUGAUUCCUCCAUAGCUUUUAGAGAUGGUGUGGUUGAGCUUUUUGAAUUUUUGGAGGAUAAGGAGAUCCCAGUUUUGAUUUUUUCAGCAGGACUUGCUGAUGUUAUUGAAGAGGUUUUGAGGCAGAAGCUUCAUAGAACAUUCAAGAAUGUAAAGAUUGUGUCCAACAGGAUGGUGUUCGAUGAUGAUGGACUGCUUGUGUCUUUUAAAGGAAAGCUGAUUCAUGUGCUAAACAAGAAUGAACACGCUUUAGACAUGGCUGCUCUGCUUCACGACAACCUCGGUGUUGACAAUGGUGGGGAAGGAGAAGAGAAUGCGUACGUGAAACAAAGAACAAACGUUUUGCUUCUAGGAGACCAUAUGGGGGAUCUGAGGAUGUCUGAUGGUUUGAAUUACGACACUCGAAUAUCUAUUGGAUUCCUGAAUGAUAACGUUGAGAAGAGUCUUGAAAGCUACCGUAAGGCCUUUGAUAUCGUUUAUCUUAAUGAUGCGCCUAUGUGGGGAGCUCUGGAGAUUGCUUCUCAGUUAUUUCCAACAGAAGAAAGUUAACUGCAAUGCCUGAGACUGAGGAGCAAUGUUAAUUGCAAGACUCUUUCUUCAGUUGUCUUAUUGAAACAAUAUUUUUAACUAGAAUUACUGUGUGGUUUGCUAUUGAGAGACUCUUUAACAAAACCAAAGUGCUCUAACUCAUUGAUGCUUGUAUGAUUAUGUGCCUGUAAGCUAAUAAAUUCAAGUUCGUAUCA